UUAUACAAAAUAAAGCUCUGGUAGUAGGUGGGGAUAACUGCAUUCAACUUCAUUAAUUUUAUAAUAUUAAUGGAACUUAAAUAAGUUGUAUUACAGCCCAAACACUGCAGCCGCUAUGCCGCUGCAGGUUUGUUGAGCGGUUCUGAGCUCAUGCGUGUUUUAUCCACACAGAGCGGGUCUGCACGGUUAAUUUCUCCAGACUCGGGGACACAGAGCCGCUCAGUGGGAGGGAGUAGUGGAAUGUGUGGCCUGCAUUUCUUCGGAUGUUGUAUGGGGUCUUUUGUGACCUCUUAGAUAAAUCUUCACUGCGCUUUUGGGGUAAUUCUGGUCGGCUGGACACUCCUGGGAAGGUUCACCACUGUUCAACCAAUGUUUUCACCAUUUGUUAGUAGUGAUCGGCUGAUAUUGUUUUCAAUGGCUAAUGCCAAUGUUUAGAGAGCACAAGUUGCCGAUAGUGAUACAUAAAAUAGAUAUUUAGUUUUAGUCAAAAGUGAAUAUUUUUAUUUUAUUCAUAUUAUAUUAUUAUUACACACACAUCUCAGAAAACAUAGGAGCACAUUUUCACACAGCCACGUCCUUAAAAAAAUUCUCACCUAAAAUGACUUUACUGUAUCACACAGCAGUACUAUUUUCAAAACGUACAACUUACACAACAGGUAUGUGUGUCUACCUCAUCAGCAGCUUUAGCUCUGUGCAACUCACCAGGCUCUACAGAAACAUUGUCCUUGCAUUUACAAAAUGCAGGUCUCAAUCUAAACAUUUGACUGAAAAUGAAAAAGAUACUUCAGUCCUCUGUAGUCCAAUUCUUGUGGUCUUCUGCAAACUUCAGCCUGGCUAUUCUUUGCUUCUCGUUAAAGAAGGUCCUAUUUCUUGCCUGUAAGAUAUAGUUUCUGUUCUUUUCAAACACUUCACCUCAGCUGCCAUUUGCCAUUCUUUUUAUAGGUCUCUUGUUGUCAUCCUGCAGUUGCUGACUGACAUUUAAAUAAGUUGACGGUCAAUCUCCAGACCUAAACCUCAUUAAAAAGCAAUGAAUGUAAUUAUGUAAGAUGUAAGUUGGUUACAAGCCAUCAAACUAAGCAGAACUGCUUGAUUUUUUGUGCCAGAAGUGGAAUAAGGUCAUUCAAAAGCAAUGUGUUGGCGAGCAUGCCAAGAUGCUGUGAUAAAAAUUAGGGUAAUUCCACCAAUUAAGGAUUUCUGUACUCCUAAAACAUUAGCACUGUUGUUUCUAAAUUAAUAUGAACUUGUUUUCUUUGCAUUAUUUAAGAUUUGAAAGCACCGUACCGUUUUCAAUAUUUUGACCAUUUCUUAUUUUCUGCAAAUAAAUGCUCUAAUUGACAAUAUUUUUUAUUUGUGAGAAAUGUUGUAACAUGGGAGAAAUGUUGUGAGUAGUUUAUAGAAUGAAAUCACAAUGUUCAUUUUACUCAAACUCAGGAUUUAUUUACAGAGUAGGAAAAAAAGAAAAAAAAACGUAUGUUAAGGUGGAAUAUGAGAGUAGUAAUGUUGAUGGUAUGUGUAAUUUCUUACUUCUACUGAAGUAUUUUAAACACUAGUAUAUAAUCCUUUACCUGAGUAAUACAUGUCAAUAAUUUUGACGGCUUUGUAUAUAUACUAUAUAGUUUGUGUGUAGUGCACAGUUGGGACGCACCCGCUGCCACUGAAUGGGGUUCAAAUGAGUCGGUUCACUAAACUGAUUCACCUACCUGGUAAGGAAUCGUAAGCCUCACGUGACUUUACCUUUCUGGGCUCCGUAGCCACUCCUUUAUUUACUCACGUGUGAGGAGGAGCCGUUUGAAGAGGAUUCGGAGCUCCAUUGUGGCGGUUUAUAUAUAAACUUCACUGUUAAACCGGGAUUACCGGGAGUUUUCCCGCGCGGUGUGACUGUAUCCGUGUAUCCGGAGUUGAGGGCGGCUGGGCCGUCCUGGAUGGCGGUGUAGCGGCGCUGAGUUUGUGUAUGAGACUUGGGGGAAUGGAUUAACUGAUGUCGGGGAAGGUAAGCGCUGGUAUGGCGGUGGUAAAGGAGAGUCCGGCAACUGGGAAAACUGGUUUUCUAAGCUGGCGCUGGAGCUGGAGUCCAGUUAGAGCGGAGGAAAGCGAACUGAAGAGGAUCAGAACCGCCCCCGCUGUCCCCCGCCCCGGACCGGUUCCGAGCCCCGGAGCGAUGGCAUCAGAGAAGCAGCCACCCGAACCCCCCUGUCGUCUAAACCCGGGAGCAGUAGGACUGCAGGCCUGUGUGAGGAGUAUUCCUUGUGCUGGACGCGCUCUGAGGAAUGCCUUCCUGUCCAACGGGCAUGAAAACUGGAAAGCCCACGUAAAAUUGGCCCGAAUCAUUAAGAGGAGUUUUGUGGGGCUGGAGCUGGUGCAGUGGUUGAUGGAGCAGAGUGUGUGUGUUCAGAGCAGAAGCACAGCUGCCGGAGUCUGGAACGUUCUGCUGGAGCAUCAGGUUCUGCUGUCGGUGGAGAGGCAGGCAGAAUUUAAGGAUUCCAGUUCCCUGUAUCAGUUCUCCUUUGAGGAGUGUGAGGCUCACAGGUGUGAGUUUAGAAAUCAGAACCAGUGGCAGAGUGGAGUCAGCCUGCUGGUACAGCUGGUCCCCCUCACGCAGCUCCGCGGACGGACCCAAAAACCGCAGAAUGACCAGACCGAAAGAAUCACUGACCCAUCCAGCCCUGCGGUCCAGAUGAGAGCUCUAGAGCGCCUCACGUCAACGGUGCAGAAUGAGCUGGUGGUGGCCCUGGCCCGCAAAGCAAAGAGCAAAUCAAUGAUUGAAGAUAGCAGUCCGGACCGCAGAGCUGACCCUACAGCUUCCACACCUCGAUCCAGUGAGGAGAAGAACAGCCCCCAGGCUGGAUAUCACCACACUGAGGACAUCAGACGCAUAGAGGUGGUCCAGAAACUGGCCAAGGUUCUCCAGAGCCCAAUCAGAACCAUCGGACCACCAGCCGAGCCGGUGUGUGACGCAGCAGUCCGUGUGUGUGUGCGGGAGGGCGAGCGAGUGUGUGUGCGGGGAGAAGAGAUGCUACUGCUUCACAAAACGACGUCACCGCCAGCCCCCUCCUCUACUAGAAAGAGGUACUCUGCUUUCCCCGCCACCCCACAGAACGUCCUGGAACACAUACUGAGCCACCUGAGGCUGGACCAGGAGGGUGGGAGCCCACAGGCUGGAGGGACAGAGACGCUGCUGGAUGACUUUUUGCUGACCUACCCAAUGUUCAUGACUACCAGUGACCUCUGCCAGGCUCUCCUCGGACACUACUGUCUAAAGCGAGGCCAGGGGAAGGAGGAAGGCGCGGAGGCUCUGGACAGGAAGCAGAAGGUCCUGCGGCUGCUGUCCCACUGGAGCUCGUGGUGCAGGAACACACUGCAGGAUGACGAACACACCAAACUCUUCCUGAAGACGCUGUACCGCUAUGUCCUGGACGACCUGUACGAGUUCCCGUCUCUGGAGGCAGAGCAAAAAGAGCUCCAGAAACUUCUCCGGCUGCAGCGCCGACACACAGUGGAUGAGUACUCUCCUCAGAGGAAGAAUAAAGCCCUGUUCCACCAGCUGAGCCUGAGAGAGGGCUGGCAGCCUGUGAGAGCGCCCCCCAGGGACAGUAAGGAAGUGCUGUGCCGCAUGUAUGUGACGGGGGACUCCUAUGUGAGUGUAAGGACUCACUCAGCGGUGACUGUGCAGGAGCUGCUGGCAGCAGUGGCAGAGAGGCUGGAGUGGGUGGAGGAGGACAUGGUGCUGGUGGCUCUCACCUACACAAGAGAGAAGGUGGUUCUGCAGCCGCAGCAGUGUGUGGACUCGGAUGUGCUCAGCGCUGCGGGCCGGCUGUGUGUGUGCAGGAGGGACCUGACCCAAAUCAUGAGUCCUGUGAUGGAUAACAGUCAGAUGCAGCAGCCGGUGGUCAGGAUGUUGGGUAUGAACACGUGGGACAUGGCCGUGGCUCUGACUAACUGUGACUGGAGUCUCUUCAGUAAUCUGCAGGAGAAAGAGCUGGUGUACUUCACGCUGAGUCGUGAUUCGUGUGCUGGCCACACAGUGGCGCUGGAGCUGCUGCUGCAGCGCUGUAAUGAGGUGCAGCAGUGGGUGAUGACCGAGGUGUUGCUGUGUCCGGCGCUCUGCAAACGCGUCCAACUUCUCAAGAAGUUUAUUAAAAUCGCAGCUCAUUGUAAAGCACAGAGGAAUCUGAACUCAUUUUUUGCCAUAAUAAUGGGUUUAAACACAGCAGCCAUCAGCCGGCUGAGCCAGACAUGGGAGAAAGUUCCAGGGAAAUUUAAGAAGCUGUUCUCAGAGCUGGAGAGUCUGACAGACCCAUCCUUUAACCACAAAGCCUACAGAGAUGCCUUUAAGAAAAUGAAAUCCCCCAAGAUCCCUUUUCUCCCUCUGCUGCUGAAAGAUAUUACGUUCAUCCACGAGGGAAACAAAACCUUCCUGGAUAAACUGGUGAACUUUGAAAAGCUGCACAUGAUUGCCGACAUGGUGCGGAUCAUCAGGCAGUGCCAGGCUGACCGGAUGGGGAACAUGCUGACCCAGAAGGACAGUCCAGAGGUCAAAGGGUACAUCAACUAUCUGUACAUCAUCGACAAUCAGCAGACUCUGUUUGAGCUGUCCAACAGACUGGAGCCCAAAGUGUAGGACGUCCAGCAGCUGUGGAGACAUCGCUCCUUGGAGAACAUGAGGCACUGCUUCCCCUCUCACCAGCCUCAGCCAUGGAGGAGAAGUGCAAUUACAGUGGACAACUAGCCAAAAGCCAAGAACUUUUUUAAUCUUCUGUGCAGUUGAGAAAUGUGAAGCGACUAGAGCCGGUUUAUCUCCCCGUUUUAUCAGAAUAUGACUGCACACCACUAGAGGGAGCCUGCGAGUGAGCCCUUAAUAAAUAGAGGUGAAUAGAGCUAAUUGGCUAAAACUUAAAAUAAGAAUAGGAACUAACUUUUAGUCAAUCCAGGAGAUUUAGGGGUUUAGCAUAAUUGCUACUCUGAACUGAUUGGUUGGUGAGCUGGUGCUGGAGUUAGUCAGAGCAUGUUUAAAAGGUUUAUAACUGGAGUUUAAAAGGUUUAAAAUGAAGUAUUCAGUACUGCAUUUGAUGGUUCUCUCAUUAGGAAAUGAGAAAAGUUUUAGUGUAAAACUAAUCUAAAUACGAUUUUGCUCAAACGCUCCAUUGAAACCUAUUCUUUUUGGACAAGCCUGGAGGAGAUUCUUAAAUGGGUUUCUGCUCUGAAGAAAAUAUUUGAAGUAUCCCAUGAUGCAGAACAUGACGGCUAUUUCAGAACCACAGCCUGAUCUGCAGUACAGCACAGCUGGAGCUGAACUACUGCCCCAGAGAAGGCUGGGAAAUAAUUAUGGAAUUUUAUUGGAUAGUUAUUAUAACAAGGUACAGAUCACCGCAAGAAAACAACAGACAAAUU